GGCUCCUGGAGUGGUGACCGCAGGUCCGGGGCCGGGCGGUGUCUGGCUCCGCCUGACCUAAGGACUGUGUUUACGCGUUUGCCCACCCCAGCCCGUCUUCUUCUCUGUGUAGGCAGGGCGGCUAGGGAGUCUGGUGCUGGCAUGGUAUUCCGGGUGAAGCGGGCGGAAGAGGCAGGAAGGGUGCCCAGAAUCCCCGGUAGGAUCUGCUUCUGCUCUGGCAGGGCGGCGGACGUCCCUUUACUAAACCCUCGCUGUACUGGUCCUCCCAGUUCCCUCCCGAGGAUAAACAAACCCCAGCACGUGACCCGACGGACUCAAAAACAGCUUCACCAACUCUGAAAGUUUGUUUCCUCCCGGUCUCUUUCUGUAAACUUUCCCUUCCCAUGUCGAAACUCCUUCCAAUCCCUUGCUCAAAGCAAGAUUGUGGUCAGGAGAUGAGGGCACGCUGGGACUCAGCUCUGUGACCUGACCGGCUCAGUGUGCCCAGGAUUUCGAGCCCAGCUCCUUCCCGGCUGUAGGGGCCAGUGGCUUGGCCCAGGCGGCGGCAGGAAGUGCCCAACGCUGACUCGCUGGCGACACCACCGCGGCUUGUAAACGCCCGGCAGACGCGCGGCGCGGCGCGGCACUAGCCCACUACUCGCCUCGUAGCCAGGUCUCCUCUCUACUGCGUGAGGGCUGCGGCUGUCGGCGCAAUGGACUUAGCCGGGCUCCUGCUGGACGAAGAAGGCACCUUCUCCCUCACCGGCUUCCAGGACUUCUCGUUCCUCCCAGGACACCAGAAGCUGAGUGCCCGGAUCCGAAGAAGACUCUACUAUGGCUGGGAUUGGGAAGCGGACUGUAACCUGGAGGAGCUCUCCAGCCCCAUGGCAGACAUUGCUGUGGAACUGCUCCAGAAGGCAGCGCCCAGCCCUAUUCGCAGACUCCAGAAGAAAUACGUAGCCCAUGUAUCCCGGGAGGCAUGCAUAUCCCCGUGUGCUAUGAUGCUAGCUCUGGUGUACAUUGAACGGCUCCGGCACCGAAACCCGGACUACCUACAGCAUGUGUCCUCCUCUGACUUGUUCCUGAUUUCUAUGAUGGUGGCCAGUAAGUACCUCUACGAUGAAGGGGAGGAGGAGGAGGUCUUCAAUGAUGAAUGGGGAGCUGCAGGGGGUGUGGCAGUGCCCACUCUCAAUGCCCUGGAGAGGGGCUUCCUGAAUGCCAUGGACUGGCGUCUCUACACUGACCCUCGGGAGAUCUUUGAGGUGCUGAGCUGGCUAGAGAGCUGUGUGGCUGAGCAGCAGGGACGGCGGCGGGGCUGGUACACCUACACAGACCUGUGUGUGCUGCUGGAGCAGCCAGCCUGGCAGCUGGUCCUGGGCUCCCUCUGCCAGCAGCUGGCAAAGCUGUCCUGCCUAUUAACUAUGGCAUAUGUGAGCAGUGUGGCCCUGGCUGUGGCAUCGGUGGCUGUAAUACACCAGUCCUUAGGGUUGUCCUGCAGUCCCCCACGUGGCCCCCCGGACCUUGGAUUGGCCUCCAGGUGCCUCUUGGAACCCUGCAUACCUUCUCCCAUGCCACAGUGCCUGCCAUCUCCUGCUAAUGUCUCCAGCUGCCUAGACGGCGACGCAGGGCUGCGUUCACUCUGGGGCAGUCUUGUGGCCUCACUUACUCCCCCCCCACUGCCUCCCCCAGAUCCUCCUGCCCCUCCCACUCUUCUCCAUAACUGUCCCCUCUGCCAGAAGCUCCAGAAAGACUCCCCAACCUGCCGUGCCUGCGAUCACCCCAACCAUACGGUCCCCACUGGGCCCCCCAGCCCCUGGUACCCCUCCCAUGGCUUGGCUCCACCCUGGCCCUGGAGCCCGAUGCCCCCUCUGCUCCCACAGCCCCAGCAAUGUUCCCUUUUCAGCAUCAUGGAGCUGGCCCGCCUCAAGUCUUUCAUUUUCCCAGGCUAGGCAGGGCUCCAGGGAACACGUUAACAGGACUUAGGAGGCCCUGAGAUCCUGGAGGUGCAAUGCUUCAUUUAGAUCCUCUCUACCUCUCUGGGUCCUUGGUGGUCCCUGUUCUUCUGGCUGAGGGAGCUAAGAUGUCGUGGGGCAGGAGGACUGAAGGUCCUUGCUCUCCUAGACCUCAGUGUCUGGCUGCUUGGCCAGGGCAGUGAUGGUGCCAGGUGAAGCCCUACUCAGUGACUGGGGGCUUGUCACAGAUGGACCGAGAAGCCCCUGUUUCUUCACCUCCCUUGGGCUCUUUUAGACUUUUGCUUUUGAGUUCCCUGGAAUGGAAGGGUAAAGAUAGGAGAAGGAAGGGGGAGGGAGGAAAUGUUGACCAGGGUCUAUGUGAUGUCCCUGAAGCAGGAAAGC